AUGUUAACACUACCGUUUGAUGAGUCUGUUGUAAUGCCAGAAUCCCAGAUGUGCAGAAAGUUUUCUAGAGAAUGCGAAGACCAGAAGCAAAUUAAGAAACCAGAAAGCUUUUCCAAACAGAUUGUCCUUCGAGGAAAGAGCAUCAAAAAAGCCCCUGGAGAAGAAACCGAGAAAGAGGAAGAGGAAGAAGACAGAGAAGAGGAAGAUGAAAAUGGGUUGCCCAGAAGGAGGGGUCUUAGAAAAAAAAAGACGACCAAGCUCCGACUGGAGAGGGUCAAGUUCAGGAGACAGGAAGCUAACGCGCGGGAGAGGAACAGGAUGCACGGCCUCAACGACGCACUGGACAAUUUAAGAAAAGUGGUCCCUUGUUAUUCCAAAACCCAAAAGCUGUCCAAAAUAGAAACUUUACGACUGGCCAAAAACUACAUCUGGGCACUUUCCGAAAUUCUGAGAAUCGGCAAGAGACCUGAUCUGCUCACGUUCGUCCAAAACUUAUGCAAAGGUCUUUCCCAGCCAACUACAAACUUGGUGGCAGGCUGCUUGCAGCUCAACGCCAGGAGUUUCCUGAUGGGCCAGGGUGGGGAGGCUGCGCACCACACACGGUCACCCUAUUCUACUUUCUACCCGCCCUACCACAGCCCGGAGCUCACCACUCCCCCGGGGCAUGGAACUCUUGAUAAUUCCAAGUCCAUGAAACCCUACAAUUAUUGCAGUGCAUAUGAAUCCUUCUAUGAAAGCACUUCCCCCGAGUGUGCCAGCCCUCAGUUUGAAGGUCCCUUAAGUCCUCCCCCAAUUAACUAUAAUGGGAUAUUUUCCCUGAAGCAAGAAGAAAGCUUGGACUAUGGCAAAAAUUACAAUUAUGGCAUGCAUUACUGUGCAGUGCCACCCAGGGGUCCCCUUGGGCAAGGUGCCAUGUUCAGGUUGCCCACCGACAGCCACUUCCCUUACGACUUACAUCUGCGCAGCCAAUCUCUCACCAUGCAAGAUGAAUUAAAUGCAGUUUUUCAUAAUUAA